CUGCGCAAGCGUUGUCAGUGAUUUGUUUUUCUCCGCUGCUGCUAGUGGAGAGAGGAACAUGGCGACGUCCCUGAUUUGUGGCCGGUUGUCCGCUGGACUUAGGAAUUCCGGGUCCAGGACAACUUUAAGCUCAGCAACUAAGGUCCUCGCUGGUGCCACCGGUCUGUUCGGCGGACAUGGCUCCCAGCAGCCUCCCCUGGCUAUGCAACAGCAGCAGAGGCACCUGUCGCUGCAUGAGUACAUGAGCAUCGGGCUGCUGAAGGAAGCUGGCAUAUGCGUGCCCGAAGGCAUGGUGGCCACCACAUCUGAAGAGGCCUACUCUGUUGCCAAGCAGAUUGGUUCUAAGGACCUGGUGGUGAAGGCGCAGGUGCUGGCUGGAGGCAGAGGGAAAGGCACAUUUGAGGGGGGUCUGAAGGGAGGAGUGAGGAUUGUUUACUCGCCUGAAGAGGCCCGUGACAUCUCCUCUCAGAUGAUUGGAAAGAAGCUCUACACCAAACAGACUGGGGAGGCGGGCCGCAUCUGCAACCAGGUGUUCAUCUGUGAGCGCCGCUACCCCCGUCGGGAGUACUACUUCGCCAUCACCAUGGAGAGGUCCUUCCAGGGCCCAGUGCUAAUUGGCAGCUCUCAGGGAGGUGUGAACAUCGAGGACGUGGCAGCAGAGAACCCGGACGCCAUUGUCAAGGAGCCAAUCGACAUCAUGGAGGGCAUAAAGAAGGAGCAGGCUGUCAGGCUGGCUGAGAAGAUGGGCUUUCCAAAAGCUUUGAUUAAUGAUGCAUCAGAGAGUAUCAUUAAACUCUACAAUGUCUUUAUCCAAUACGACGCCUCCAUGUUGGAGAUCAACCCAAUGGUGGAGGACUCCGAUGGCCAGGUGAUGUGCAUGGAUGCUAAGCUCAACUUUGACUCGAAUGCGGCAUACCGACAGAAGAAGGUGUUCGACAUGCAGGACUGGUCUCAGGAGGACCCACGUGACCGGCAGGCGGCCAAGGCCGACCUCAACUACAUUGGCCUAGAUGGCACCAUUGGCUGCCUGGUUAACGGAGCUGGUUUGGCUAUGGCCACCAUGGAUAUCAUCAAGCUCCAUGGCGGCACCCCGGCCAACUUCCUGGAUGUGGGGGGUGGAGCCACGGCGCACCAGGUGACAGAAGCCUUCAAGCUCAUCACUUCCGACAAAAAGGUCCAGGCUAUCAUGGUGAACAUCUUUGGAGGCAUCAUGAGGUGUGAUGUCAUUGCUCAGGGCAUCAUCAUGGCUGUCACAGACCUGGAACUGAAGAUCCCCAUCGUGGUGCGGUUACAAGGGACGAGAGUGGAUGAUGCAAAAGCUCUGAUUGCUGCCAGCCCUCUGAAGAUCCUGGCCUGUGAUGAUCUGGACGAGGCUGCAAAGAUGGUUGUUAAGCUUUCUGAAAUCGUAUCGUUGGCCAAGCAGGCCCAGGUGGACAUCACGUUCCAGCUGCCCAUCUAAAACCGCACCGGCAUCCGACCCCCUACACACACACACACACACACACACACACACACACACACCUUUUUGAAACCUCAUCCCUUGGUCCUCCCAAAAACUCUGUUGAUCAUCACUCUACCCCCCCCCCCCCCACACACCCACACACCCACACACCCACACACACACUACCUGUUGCUAUUGUUUCAAGUCCAGCUGCUUGCAUGAUAUCCUUAUCCUUCCCAUACCUGCUUCAAAGCUUCCAAAGACAUCUUCAUAGCCUACCCUCAUUGUAAGACUGUAAGACCCUGUGGACUCAUAGCCUUGUCUAAAGUCAAGUCACCCCCCCCCCCCCCCACUGAUGGCAUAUAUUAGAUCGGUUGAAAUGUUACUUGUGUCGGACGACCUCUUUUUUUUUUAUUUCAUCGUGUUUGUUUUCAAUUUCUUUUUCGCUUGAGGAUGAACUAUUUAUGCAGGACUAUUUAUAUUCAUGACCAGGGAAGAGGCCAAGCCGUUCUAAGCAAUGUCGAUGACACUGGUUCUGCUGCCUUUCACAAGGUGUUUCAUUAAAGUCCUUCCCCCCACCCCUACUUGGCUAUCGCUUAAGAGUGUACGUCCCAGUUUCCCGAGAGCACUAUUUUAUCACGCACAAACAAGACCUCCCUUCCCCUCAUCCUGCUCACGUUGAAACCUGUGGUUGUCUGAUUUCAUAUUAUUGUGUUGCAGGAUUGUUACCUGUUUCUCAUCCACUUUUCAAACGAUAUUUGGUACUUAUGUUUUUUUUGGGGGGGAGGGGGAAAUGAGUCUGCACUGCUUUUGCUGAAUAGUACAUUCUCCACGGAGUCGUGGGUUUUUUGUUUCGAGUUUACAUUAGGGGAAUGACUGUGGCCCUGUGGUUGUAGUUACAUGCAAAAAAUUCAACAUCUAAUAAACCCUGAAACAUCAGCCCAGUGAAGAGUGCCUUGGUGGGAGGUGGGGGUAGAGAGAGGGAGAGGUGUUGUAGAAGGGUGGUGUUUAAGAGCCUGUGUGUCUUCCUAUCAACCCCUGGGGCAAAAAGGCAAACGGUUUGGGUCGUGUGAGGCAGGUAUGAUUUGUAUGUGUACUGACAUUGGAGGGUUGUCGGGGGUGCACAGGAUCCAGGAUACACAAUCACAGUCUCUAUGUUGUAAGUGGGAGCGUCACACUUAGUUUUAUUUCUGGUCUUACUGGACGUAAAUGAACCCUCUGACAGAAUGAUUGUUGAAGAAGAUCCUCUCAAUUGACCUAUAUCUUCUUUUGGCUGUAUUAAAAUUAAUCUAAGCAUUA